CGCUGCGGUUUCCUUCAGAGCUUCCUAAAUGUCGCGGACACCCGGAAGUGAUUGCAAAUUUAAACAGCCAUCACAGUAACAAUAAACACGCACUCUAACUGCACGAGCUGCACGAUGAAUCCUUAACUCGCGGGAAACUAGGCUGAGGAUCGGGCAGAGGAGUGGUUGAAGGUGGAAGAAGCAGUACAGGCUGACGGCAGCAGUAUGGAAGAAGAAAGUAUGGCUGAGGCAGAACAAGGAGAUGCUGGGAGCAAUGGGGGAGAAUCCAGCAUGGACAUGUCCAACAACAAUCCACCUAAAAGAGGAAGGGGAAGGCCACAAGGUUCAAAGAAGUUGAAGGUUUGUGUUACGGACGUUAACCUAAUGGAGCUGGUUUCAGGCAUGUCCAACGGUGGGUCCACUCAGCCACACAGAGGAAGAGGGCGUCCAAGACUCUCAAAACAAACAGAACAGCAAGGAUCGGGAGAUGAUACUGAUAAUUCUGUACAAACUCCCAGGCGUCCAGGGAGGCCGAAAGGGUCCAAGAACCAGGCCAGUAACAAAGACACUCUUAUGACAGACCAUUCUCCUAAGAAAAGAGGCAGGCCAAAAAAGUCUCUUGACAAAAGCACCCAUGAGAAGGUCGAUAAUGAAGACUUACCGAAUGGUGGCUCUGAUACACCAAAACCAGGAAGGGGUCGCCCAAAAGGAUCCACAAAGCGCAAGAUGGAAAGUUUAACAAGUGGUGGAGAGAAUGAAGGCAGUUCUGUAACACCUAGAAAAAGAGGUCGACCCAAAGGCUCUCUCAAUAAAACACACAGGCUAGAGAAAGAGGAGAGCAGCGGGGGGGAGACGGAUGUUGAUGAAAGCCUAAACUCAAUGAAAAGGGGGAGAGGUCGGCUUAGAAAGGUUGAGGUGAAUAACACUAGGGAGUCGACACAGGAUACAUCGAAUAGCAUCUCAAAGGUAGCACGAAGAGGGAGGGGAAGGCCAAGAAAAAAUAUUGAACACAGCAGAGAUAAACAAGGACUGAUCACAGAUGGUUCCCAGCCAGUUAAGAGGGGAAGAGGUCGACCUAAAGGCUCUUUAAACAAGAAACCCCCCGCAUAUAAGGUGCACGGUAAGGUAGGUCGGCCUCGGAGAGUACACGUCCCACCAGCAAGAGGGAAGCGUGGUCGUCCAAGAAAACAACCAGCUAAAAGGGGACGGCCAAGGAAGUACCCUUUGCCGUCACCCGAGGAACUGAAAAAGCCCAAAGUGUGGAAGCCUCUGGGAAGGCCAAGGAAAUACCCUCGUGUCGAUCCUCCAGAGGGAGUUCCACCAGCCCCUCGACGAAGCCGUGGACGGCCUCGCAAGUCGGCAUCCAAGAAAGGCGCUCACUUGCGUAAAAGUUUGCCCACCACUGCAUCGUCACCACGCAGUGAUGGAUCCCCGAGAAAAAGGGGCCGCCCCCCAAGUACUCCAAAAAAUGAAGCAGACACUCCGCGGAAAAAAAGGGGGCGCCCUAAAGGUUCAGUCAACAAAAAUAAAGCCAGAAGUGAAACUCAGCUAGACGGCUCACUCUCAAAGAGUGAUUUGUCUGCUGUUGAGGAGGAACAUGAAGGAGAGUCUUUAGAACAGAAGCACGAAACAGACACGACGACCGUCGAGCACCAAGGAGAUACAGAAGAAGUGCUCGAACAGGAAGCAGGCUUUGAAGUUAGUAAUCAGGCUUGAUGAACGAUCUCGGUCUGACCAAAAAAGUUGCUGUAGUAGUUGCUGUUUGAAACAUUGAAUACAAUCUUGUCAAUGAAAACACGUUUUUAACAUUUUGUCAGUCGGGUAGACUAGAUACUCAGCAGCUCUUCUGUUUUCCUGACUAACUUGUUCAUGUUGUUUUAUUGUGCUUGUUUUUUUUUUUUGUUUUUAAAACAACUUAAUUUCUCAUCUGAGUAAGCAGUAGUACUAAUAAUCUUUUACUCGAACUGGGCCAUGUAAACAGU